UUUUCUUUUUAGAGUAAUCUUUAUUGUGUUAAAAAGGAAACAAAGGACAUAAAAUAAGAACGAAAUAUAUAUCAAAUAUAAGAAAUGUCGAGAAUAUGUUAAAGAAGUUGCGCGAGUACAGAAAUUUGCUUUUUGUAUCAAAAGUAUUCAAAUGAGUCCGGUAUCUCGUGCCCUGUGGUUUCACGCAGCAUGAGGAGAACGUAAAACUAGAUGUUUAUCUUUUGAAAUGGAACUUUUAACCCAGAUUUUCUCUCACGUUGGAACGUCCGCUGGGAGCUCAUUGGAUUGCAACUGAUCCUAUUUCAGAGGGUUAUUCGCGGUGAUUUUUCAGCGGGAAUAAACAAUUUAUUAUAUCAACAGUUCUGAGCAGUGGUUUUAAGACAAGAACAUUAUUAUGCAGACGACAGUUUCUUCACUUGUUUAUUUUAUAAAACUGAACUGGAACGAAGAAACAAUAUUCAUUUGAUUCAGGAAGGUCAUCCUCUGGGACUCUAACGUAAGUUCACAGUCACGUGGGCGUUCAUUCAUUUGUUUGACAUUUUAGACAGUACUUAUAGUGACUCAACACUGUAGAUAACCUUAACGCUACUUGAUCUACUCUGUACUUAAAAUAAAUGGGUUUUUUUUCUUUACUUUUUUUUUGUAAAGUUAUUUUAUUAAAUGUACUCUGUACUACAUGAAUUAUAGACGCUAUAAAGUUCCAGGAAAAGUUUGAAUUUCGGGAAGAAAUCUUAUUUGAUAAAUGUAUUUCUUAUAUAUUUUUUUUGCCGUCAGAGAAAAACUAUCUGUGGAUGAAUGACUGCACGUAAGUUUCAGGAGGAAAUUCAGAUUUGAUUUUGUGAUAUGUUGAAGCGCUCUGGAAUAUUUUGUUUCUGUCAUCGCUCAAGACACGGCUGGAUUUAUUCGCGCUGAAGGACCUAUACUCCAUGUAAAUUACGAAGUCUGCGAGCGUUUCCUUUCUUUGGCUACAUACAGGAGCGGAAUUUAUUAUAAUAAUUGCAUAAACUUAGCGCCAUAUGUUUUGUUUUUAAUGUAAACAUUAACAUGGGCGUGACAAGAGAGUGAAAAAUCUGGGAAAAGUUAUCUUUGUUUUAAAUUUCUUCCUGCAAGUGAGAUAAAAAAUGGAUUUAAACAUGUUUCUGGUGAAAUUUGGAAUUAUCGUAAUGUUUUAUAUUCAACCAGUGUUCCUGGCUAAAGACUCCAUGGAAUUUUCCAAAUAUACCUUCGCGUGGGAGGAUGCGGAGUCACGAUGCUUGAGGCAGAGUCAAAUUCUCGUGCCAGGUCGCAGAUACAGAGCCAAGAUGAUAAAAAGGUUGAUGACAAAAGAAAAUGUAGAUGCGGUUUGGCUGAAUGGAUGGAGGGCAGUGUCGGACACAACACCUGUUAGUGAUGGCAAAUUACGUACAUUGAAAGUUGACUUCAGUAGACCACAAAAUAAAGAACUGAAAGUGGUUUGUCAGCUGGAUUCAAUUUUUUACGACCCGCUGUAUACCGCGGCAUCAACGGAUUCAGCACGUGGAAUUUGUGAAAGAGAUGGGGCGGCUCUGGCAGAUGUUACAACUGAGGACGGCGUGAAACGCAUUACAGAAAAAAUAGUUGUUGAUAAACCACAUUGGAUAAACUCCAUGUCAUCCGGAGGAAAGUCUGGAUAUUACAUCAGUUCCAAAAUAAAACAGUGUUUGGUUGCUCAAAGGGUCGGAGACGAUCUGAAAUACAGUUAUGAUGAUUGUUCAAAGGAAUAUAACUUUAUUUGUGUUAAAGGUGAUGACAUCAUUUCAUCAUUUUCACCACUAAUAUCACUAAAGAUGGCGCGAUAUGAGGAAUUUGAAGAAGAAAUAGAAAAGUACGAACAGUCCACGAUGACUUCCUCAGAAAUCUUUGAGUUAUUUCCCUCCAAGGACAUACCUUUUGAAGUGUCUUCAGCAUAUGUUUCUCUAGUAGCAACAUCCUAUGUUCAACCAAAAAUGGCGUCUGUAGAAGUCACAUCUUCUGAGAAACCUGUUACCUCUACCGAUACACCUUUAGAAGUUUCUCCUACUGAUGUAUCUUCAAUAGUAACAUCCGUUGUUCAACCUAAACAUUCAUCUGUAGAAGUCUCAUCUCCCGAGGAACAUGUUGUAGAUACAUCAACUGAAACAUCUACCAAAGAAACACCUGAAAUGAUUGAUACAAUAUCGGCAACAUCAGUUCUGGUUAUACCUGCCAUAACUCAGACAUCAUAUUCUGAAUCAGACACUAGUUUACUGUCAUCAGCUGUUGUAGAUACUACAAUCUCUUCAAACGUCUUAGCUUACAUUGAUACCUUACAUUCGUCGGAAAUGUCCUCAGAACAAGCUAAAACCACCCGAGAUGCAGUAGAUGCAUUUACUGUAACAAAAGACAUUCCAAUGACAAAUACUAUUACAAGUGAUAAAAUAACAGAGCAAAGUUCGCAAAGUACAACACCGGUUACAGGAAGUUCUAGCAUCGGCGGAUAUUAUCCAGAAAGUGCUUUUGUUGACAAAAUGGAAUCUGAAACUACUGUGAUUACACAAAAAGAUAUUUUAAAGUUGUUGCCAAGUAGUACAGUGCCUUUACAAGAAACUUUGUCAACGAAAAUGCCGAAAUAUAUACAGCCUUCAGAUUAUAUUGAUUCUACACGUUACGCAGUUGACACUGAAGAGACAUAUAAUACACUAAGUACGGAAUCGCUGUUACUGCAACCCACACAGUCUGUUCCAUCCCAGUCCUCCUCUAUCAGAUAUAUGGACUUAUCUGUAUGUAGUGACCGAUCGUGUCUCAAUGAAUCAACUGAACUGGAUGAACUAGAAAGUGAACCUUCUACCACAACGCCUUUUGUAACUGGAGCUGUAUUAGUUUCAGCAAGUGAGUCACAACCUCCAGAUGUUAUUAUGGAACCUACUUCGACUCAACAGCUCGUGUCUAGUGAUGUCUCGGCAUAUGAAUGGGACACACGCACUUCUAAAUCUCGAGAUAUUUCUGAAGAAUUGGGCCUCCUUUACACACCUAGUGUUGCAACUUCAUCAAGUGAAUCAACACAAACAUCAUCCAUCUCUGAAGAUGUAACUUCAGAGUUUGCACCCUCGUCUGUUAUUAGUACUCAAGAUGUAAUUUUUACGGAAAACUCCAUAUUGCCCGAUUUACAUGAAAGUUCAAAACUGCCAUUCAGCUCGAUAGUUUUAACUACAAGCGAAUCAAGUAUAAUGUCAUAUGAUUGCACUGUGAUAGAUUCCACUUCAACUUGCAUCGAUACCUUAAGUUCUACAUAUACUACAGAUGAACUUUCCGAAUAUAAAACACAGUCGGAGACUUAUGCUGUGACAGAGACUCCUAUUUUUUCAUCAUUAUCAUCAUCGCCGCUAUCAUCAUCAAUAUCAUCAUUGCCUUCUCCUCCUCUCCCAAAAUCAUCAUUCCUGUACGUAACCUAUGAUAUGGACAAAGACACUGAAAGUUUAAUGCCUGAUAUGCCUUCAUCAGCCACUGCUACCGUUGUUCAGACAUCCAGUAUGUAUGACUACGGAUAUGAUUACGGAUACGAUCAAACUGGUGAUGAAUACGAUCAUGAUGAUGCGACAGAUGAAGGCAGAACAUUUUCGCCUUCAUCUACCACUAGAACCGUUGUUGAGACACCGAGUAUAUAUGAAUAUGAUUAUUAUGACAGAUACGAUUACACAACAACACCGGAUCAAAUUGGCGACGAAGACGAUCAUGAUGCAACGCCAAGAUAUACUAUAGACACUUACGAUCCAGUAAUAGAUACGUUGAAUGAAACAAACAAUGUAGACGAAGAAAUACCUGGAGAUAUAGACAAGGGAGAUAUGGACGAUGAUGAUAACGAGGUUGGAAAUGCUAGCGCAGACACAGGAGAAAUUGUAGAAAAGAAAAAUGGAGAUGAAGAAGAAGGUAUAGAAGCUGGAUUGUGGGUAGCGUUUGCUAUAUUGAUUACACUGGUUCUGAUCGCACUCAUACUCGCUGCUUACCUUUAUCGCAAACGAAAACUUCAAAAAUCGAAAGACAUAAGCGCUGCACCACCAGCUGCAGCUGGAGAGACAGUGGAAUUAAGGGACUCUCGUUCUCCUUCUCGCGAGAAUGGGAAACCGCGAGAAUCUGCGACAUUCAAAGACCCUGCUUAUGAUAUAUAGCACCAGUUCUGCUAGAAAUGUAUUUUGGCGUCUUCCAGUGUUUAGAAAUGGUAUAACAAGUUCAGUGCCUUUGCAUUAAUUGGACAGGGAUUCAGUCACUCAUUAAUUUAAAAAAAAUACUUAGAAGUGGGAUCUGAAAAGCUCUGGAUACUCUUAAACAAAAGUGAUUUAGAAAUAGUAAGUGGAGUGCCUACUGGAUAAUGAAUUUGGAAGGAAAUAUGACUUCAGUGAAAGCAUUCCGUGCCUUAGUGCAUUAAAAGUGUUUUGUGUGUUUGUAUUGUUUAGUUUGGUUUGGAAUGCACUGAGUUAUAGCAUGAGAUUACAAAUAUAGUCUUAACAAAUCUUCUAACGCUACACACUAUCUUUUAAUUUACUUAUAGUACAUUUUUGAAAUUUGGAGUACUUUUGGACAAAUAUAUUUUGAAUGUAAAUUUCAGUAAGAUAGAUUUAAAUAUCUUAUAAUUUCAUCCCUAAAUAAGUGUUCGUUAGAAGAUUUAUUAAGUGUACUAUUAAUGAUUUAAGUACAAUGCUCAAAAUGAGUGUUCAAAAUGUUUAACAUAACAGUAAACACAGCAACAACAAGUGCGUGUCUUUUAAGCAGAUAAAUAUAUUCUGUUCGGUUCAUUGUUUGCGGUGACAGGAUAUCAUUUGAGCUGCGCCAGGAGAAAACCAACGUAGUGCGUUUGCAACCAGCAAAGAUCCAGACCAGCCUGCGCAUCCGCGCAGUCUGGUAAGGAUCCAUGCUGUUCGCUUUCAAAGCCUAUUGCAAUUAGGGAAACUGUUAGCGAACAGCAUGGAUCCUGACCAGACUGCGCGGAUGCGCAGGCUGAUCUGGAUCCAUGCUGGUUGCAAACGCACUAAGCUGGUUUUCUCAUGGCGCGGCUCAUUUAUCUUUUUUAUUAAAUCGGAACUUUAUAGCCACUUUCGUAGAAAAUGUGUACAUCGUCUACGUAAAUUUAAUAAUAGCUUACUGUAAUGUACACGCAUUCAAAACCUGAUAAACAGUGCCUUACGUAAACUUGCUGUGACACAGAAAUGACAAAACCAAAAGAUAUUUCAAGAAUAAGAAGACACGCCCUUUUCUUAUGCCUAAGGUUAGAGACCACAAAUAUGAAAAACGUUCAGGGAACUUACUUCGAAUAAGAUAAACGUACGGAUGUGCCCGUUUCGAAUGCCUGAGAAAACGUGUUCUUUUCUUUUGCUUCAGAAGACACUUAUGCCUACGAAAACGUUUCCUUUUCUUAUGCUAAAGAAGACGCACCCUUUUCUUAUGCCUAAGAAGACACGCCCCUUUUGAGGCAUAAGAAGACGCGCCCUUUUCUUAUGCCUAAGAAGACACGCCCCUUUUGAGGCAAAAGAAGACGCGCCUUUUUCUUAUGCCAAAGGUUAGAGACCACCAAUUCAAAAAAGCAGAAGGAACUUACUGGGAAUAAGAUAAACGUGUAAAUGGGAAUAAGGUAAUGUUUGUUAGUUCUAACUGGCCAGUCAUGUAAACAAACCCAAGAAGUGUUGUUUUAUUUCAAAAUUGACUUUUUACUGCAUUUACAGUUAUACAAUUUGACAAAAUUAGCUACAUUUUAUGUGUAUUGAAAAAGAAGUUUUAUCAAACGGAUUUCACCCGCCGUGCCAAUGAUGUAAACAGGGGGUCAUCUCAAUCACACGAAAAUUACUUAAAGUAUCACUAUAUGUUUUUCGUCCAAUAUUUUGGUGGAAACAAGAUAGUUCUUGCAAAAAGUGUGAUUAGAUAUAUAUGUUUCGAUAUAAGGAAGGCCGCAAACGCCAUAAUGGUAUAAUGGAAGUCUAUGGGAAAACAAUUAUAGUUCUCUGACUUUAUGAAGACACGUCCUUUUCUCAUGCCUAAGAAGAUGCGUGCAUGUUUAUUUCAGCUGGCAUUAUUGUCUGUGUGAUAUUAAGCGAACAUGGUUUUACAAUUUUUGCUUUCGUAACGUGAUGUAAGCUAACAGUUUAAAUAUAUGUAAUUGUUCAAAUAUGUUUUUUUUUUGUGUGUGUAGAUUAAGAUGUUCAAACGUGAUUAAAGAUGACAUGUAUAAUUCAACAUAUUUCAUCGUGUACACAUUAUGGUCAGAACCGCUUGUGUCCAUAUGCCAAAUUUGUAUAUAUUUGGACCAAAUCUACAUCGUUUUACACGUGCAUUAUAUCUGUCUUUGUCAUACAAACACUGAUAUUAUUUAUAUUUUGUAUGAAUUAUAUAGCAUUAAGUUCGUUCUAUAUGAUUAUGAAACAGAAAAAUGCGAAUUUACCAGCUAUUACAUGUCAUACUGUUCUAAAAUUAUCUUUGAGGUAAUAAAAAGUGUAAAUGCUUAUUUUAACAAAAGGGAUUUUAUGCAUCGUCUAAUUUGCUGUGGGUUGACUUCAGGUGAUGAAAUCCUAUUUUUUGUAUAUUGAAAGAGUACUCAAUAAUACUGUUUUGAAAGAUGUGAUUUCUAUGUUAUUGUAAUUCGAGCGAAUUGCGAAAAAAUAUAUUACAUCAUGAAUGGUU